CCAUAUCUUGCAAGUCUUACGUUAUCCUUUAAGCCUCCUUCGCUUAACAUAACAUCCCCCCCCCCCCACUAAUGACGCUUAAUUUCAUUUCUCAUCAGCCCCUCGGAAGGGAUUAUUCAUUCGUAUAAAACAAUCCGCGGCAGUCUCCCCUCCUAUAUGGGCGAAAAUUCAUGUAUUAUUGAGAGGGGCGAAGAGAAAGGCCGUGCGUGCGUGGAAAUGCGUGGAAGAGCGCGGAUUUGAAGUGGAAUCGGGAGUCAUCGAUCCGGGCUGCACGAGGAGGAAUUUUUCCUGAUGGUUACAAACGAAGGCGCGAUGUCUUUCUCCCAGUUUGGAUACCCUUACAAUGCAACUUCACAGUUUUUCGUGUCGGCAAACCCCAGUACGACUUGCUGCGAUUCGAUUUCCAGGUCGGUGCCGCCGGACGGCUCCACCGGGGGAGCCCAGACCCCCGCAGCGGUAGCCGCGGCCGCCGCCGCCGCCGCAGCCGCCUCCUUCUGCUGCCCCGCGCCCUACGAGAACCGGCUGCUGGCUGGGAGCCGCACCGAGCUCAACGCGGCUGCUCUGGGCGUGUACGGCUCCCCGUACGCGGCGGCGGCUGCUGCCAGCCAGAACUACGCCAACUACUUCCCCUACGGAACAGACCCCUCCGCCGCCAUCUACUCCUCUCUGGUGGGCUCACCUCUGCCUGUUUUGCACGCGCCCGAGAGGGGGGAGGAAGGGAGGGAGACGAGGAAUCCACAGUACGACAUGAAGGAGAGUGCGGGCACUUUGCACUCGGGUAUCAGUCAAACGGCUGCGUACUAUCCCUACGAUCCAUCGCUGGGCCAGUAUCAAUAUGACAGAUACGGGACGGUGGACUUUAACAGCACAGCCAGACGAAAAAACGCCACCCGAGAGACCACCAGCACCUUAAAAACGUGGCUCUAUGAGCACCGCAAGAACCCGUACCCCACCAAGGGCGAAAAAAUCAUGCUGGCCAUCAUCACUAAGAUGACACUCACCCAGGUCUCAACAUGGUUUGCCAACGCUCGCCGGAGGCUCAAGAAGGAGAACAAGAUGACGUGGUCGCCCAAGAACAAGGCCGGCGACGACAGGAAGGACAACAUUAGCAAGAGCGACCACGACUGUCUCACCAAAGAUUCCAAUGAGUGUAAGGAAGAAAAAGAUUUGCAUCUGAGCGAUUUGGAUGACAUGGAUGAGGAUGAGUGUGACAAGCUGGAUGGCGAAUGUGAAAAGGUGGUCUUAGAUGAGGCAGUGGUGCUUCCCGUCUCUCCCCACAAGAGAGAAUGCACCUCUGAGCUUCACUUGAAUGUGUCCAACAGCUUCCACCACGCCUUCCCCUGCGCCAUCAAAACCGCCUUCCCACCGCUUCCUGCCGACUUUCUGGAUCCCGUAGCGUCCAAGACCACGUCCACCACGGGAACCUUGACCCUCUCUCACUUUGAAGCGUCAGACAAGCCUCGGAUUUGGUCUCUGGCGCGUACGGCGGCGUCGGGCGUCAUCUUGAGCCCGCAGCACGCCUCCGAGCUCAGGACGAGCAACCCGAGCGGGGACUGCCACCUCCAGAGGUUGGCGGGUGCCCCCGGUGUUCCUGGUGGACAAUGCGGGACCAUGAGAGGCCUCCAGGAAGUUAAUAGCGUCUCUGGUGUUGUGAACCCUUUUCCUGAGGGCCCUUCUUUGCACUCCAAAGUCUACAGCCCAGGCAGCUACAAUCACAAGGGUCUCCAGCUGCACUGUCCGUCCUACGCUGCCCUUACAGAUACAUGCCAAUACUCCAAUACUGAAGGAUUCGCUGGCGCCAAAGCAGCAGAGGUGUCAUCAGACCUCAGCCAAGCGUGUGCGACCUUGCAGGAUGACAAAGUCACAGCGUUCAGGCCCGUGAUGAAAAGAUGAAUGGAGACCGUACAACAAGUAGGAGGUUAAUUAUGCACUAAUGGGCGUAGAGGCCUCAGUGGGACACUUGUGAGCACUGCAUGUUGCAGUCAGAGCUAUCAAACUGUGGUACAUUUUGCACAACUUUUGUUUUUUUAUGGUGUGGAAGACUUUAUGCAAAAAAAUCAUACAUAUGAGGAUUUGUGUGUGGCAAUCAUGUAUCGUUGCAAACCAAUUUAUUUAUUUGUCUAUUUAUUGUUCAGCGUGUUCUCUGUGUACCCCUUAACCGUUCUGUUGAAAAUGUGAAUUGUGGCGAAAAAAAUGGUUGGCGAUUAAGUUAAAUGUUAUGUGUUGUUAUUGUGUUAAAAUGUGAACUUUUUUUUUUGUUGUCCUUUUUAUUAAAAAAUGCAUUUUUUCCAAGACUUGUUUGU